UGUCAGGUAUUUUGUGUCCAUGUUUAUGGCUCCUCUUUGUCUGUUGGAAGCGUCACUUUUAUUUACACGUAUCUCCCUUUCUAUUGUUUUCCCCAUUGCUUACACAAAGCACCUAGGUGAAUGUAUGAGGGUUAUUAUUUCUGCGUAUUUGCAAUUCUCAUUAACAAAAUGCCCAAAUACUGAGGGGUUACUCAUUAACUAGACCAGCUCUAGCUGCUUCUUGAGAGAAAUAUAUUUGACCUUCACACUGCCCACCACCUCCCUUUCUACCACACCAACCUCUUCCUCUGCCUCCACCCCCUGCUACAUUCUCCCCACCUCCUCCAGCUCAAAAACAAGUCUUGUCAGUAGCUGCAGGUAAUUGGGAGUUUGAGUCGCGAGGGACAGUAGGACAACCCUUGGUCCCAGAGCCUUCCAGGAAUCUAACCUCUUCACUUUACACUUCAUUGAAUGACAUCAAGGCAGGAACAGGUGAACGCCUCCAGUCAUGACCUCAACUAUAAACCUGGGCCCAUCAGCCAACCCCAAUGCUAAGCCUACCGAUUUUGAUUUCCUGAAAGUAAUUGGAAAAGGAAGCUUUGGAAAGGUCUUACUGGCCAAGCGUAAAAGCGACAAAAAGUUCUAUGCUGUGAAAGUUCUGCAGAAGAAGACCAUCCUGAAGAAAAAAGAGCAAUCGCACAUCAUGGCUGAGAGGAAUGUUUUACUGAAAAACUUGAAGCAUCCAUUCUUGGUGGGACUGCACUAUUCCUUCCAAACUGCAGAGAAACUCUACUUUGUACUAGACUACGUGAAUGGUGGAGAGCUUUUCUUCCAUUUACAAAGAGAGCGAUGCUUCCUAGAGCCCCGUGCUCGCUUCUAUUCUGCAGAGCUGGCCAGCGCUAUUGGAUACCUACACUCUCAAAAUAUAAUUUACAGGGACUUAAAACCAGAAAAUAUCCUUCUUGACAGUCAGGGCCAUGUGGUUCUGACUGAUUUUGGACUCUGUAAAGAGGGAAUGGAGCCAGAAGAGACUACAAAUACCUUUUGUGGGACACCUGAGUAUCUGGCUCCUGAAGUGCUGAGGAAGCAGCCAUAUGAUCGCACCGUAGACUGGUGGUGUUUGGGGGCUGUCUUGUAUGAGAUGCUCUAUGGAUUGCCCCCAUUUUACAGCCGGGAUGUCUCACAGAUGUAUGACAACAUCCUGCAUCAGCCCCUGAAGCUCCCAGGAGGAAAGACCACUGCAACGUGUGACAUUCUACAGGGUCUCCUGCACAAGGAUCAGCACAUCCGGCUGGGAUCCAAGACUGAUUUUCUGGAAAUCAAAAAUCAUGUCUUCUUCAGCCCAAUUAACUGGGAUGACCUGUAUCACAAAAGGAUUUCCCCACCUUAUAACCCCAAUGUGGCUGGUCCAGGUGAUCUGCGGCAUUUUGAUCCAGAGUUCACGCAGGAGGAUGUGCCGAAUUCUGUGAGUCGUACUCCUGACCCGAAUAUUGGCAGUUCCAGCUGUUCAAAUGCUUUCUAUGGCUUUUCCUAUGCACAAAGUGAUGAUGAUAUUUUGAACUAAGCUCACAUUAUGGAACAAUAGUUUUAUAUAAAUAGGACAGUAUGGGAGUAACCAGCCUUCUCUCCCUCCCUCAUGCUUAAUAAAUGGAGACUCUUCUAUGUCACUUCUACUAGCCUCCACUGGAACCAUUAAUGGACCAAAGAGAGAUGAGGAAAGAGAGGCGUAUGUGAAACAUGAGCAUGGACCAUGAGACUGUGAUUUUGAACGUAAUACUGUAUAUUUGUGUAACUGCUCUCAGAGAGGAAAUGUUACAGAACUGUAUGUUAGUUAUCAUAAUUAGAGA